AGAGCUCUGUUCGUCCGCGCCCGUGCUCACCGCCAUGGAGUCGUUGUGUAUCCGCGUGAGCCUUCCAAGUGGCCAGGCUGCCAUGCUGUCCGUGCACAGGAGCUCCAGUAUUCGGGAGUUGAAAGUUGCAGCUCAGAAAGUGUUGCUACAUGCACGUGGUUCAAAAAGCUUUCUUAGCCUGGUCUCUUCCGAUGGGCUUCUUUUGGAUCCCAAGGAAUCCAUCGAGACCUCCGGGCUGCACGAUGGCGACGAGCUGAGUGCAGUGGUCCAUGGCUUUGAUCUGGUGGCUACCUCCAAGGCCUUCGCUGGGUACCGCAUGCUCUCUGGCCCUGUGGUGGUUUGGGGAGAUGCGAACCAUGGUGGAGACUCGCGAUGGGUUCAACAUCCAGCGGAGAACAUCCUGCAGGUUUAUGCCACAGACUACGCCUUUGCUGCAGUGCUCACGGAUGGACGUGUCACCGCCUGGGGAGGGCGAGAAGCUGGCGGCAACUGUGGUGAAGUGGAAAAGCAGCUCAGGGACGUGCAACAGAUCUUUGCCACUGCCUCGGCUUUCGCAGCAAUUUGUAAUGAUGGAUCUGUGGUCACUUGGGGUGAUGCAGAACGUGGCGGUGACAGCAGGAAGGUGCAAGAUCAACUGCGAAAGGUGCAGCGAAUUCACGCAACGACUUCAGCUUUUGCUACAAUCAGCGAGAAUGGAGAAGUGGUCCAAAGUGACUUGAAGAAUGUGAAGCAGAUUGCUGCAACCGCUUCAGCCUUUGCCGCCAUUUGCGAUAGGGAUCGGGAUGGUGAGUUGGUGAAUGUGGUGACUUGGGGAAACCCAUCCUGGGGCGGCGACUGCAGUGAGGUUCAGCAUGAGCUAAAGGAUGUCCAGCACAUAUUUGCUACACGUUCUGCUUUCGUGGCAGUUCGCCAAGAUGGACGAGUGGUGACAUGGGGCAAUCAGGUCUCAGGCGGCGAUAGUCGUGAAGUCCAAACUGAAUUGAAAGACGUGCGACACAUCUCCGCGACCAGUGCAGCUUUUGCAGCACUACGACAGGAUGGACGUGUGGUAACCUGGGGCACGGCUGCAUGGGGUGGCGAUUCUGCUCACGUGCAGCAGGAACUUGUGGAGAUACAGCAGGUUCAGUCCACUAUGACGGCUUUUGCAGCUUUGCGAGCUGAUGGAUCUGUAGUGACUUGGGGAUUUCCAGCGAAUGGUGGUGACAGCAGCCGUGUGAUGGAUCAACUGAGAGAUGUGUUGCAAAUCAAAUCGACCUGGUAUGCCUUUGCCGCCAUCCUCUCGGAGGGCCGUAUCGUGACCUGGGGGCAACGGAACUGCGGCGGAGAUUUGAGCCCUCAGCUCAGUGCAGAGCUCAUGACCUUGAUGGCCUGGAGCAUCUCCGACCUGGCAGCUCAAGCCAGACAGUCUGCGCGGACUUCUAUGUAUCCACCCUGGCACAAGGGCGUGGAGUGCAUGGGCGUUCUGCCAGUGCCGAUCUUCGAGCACCUGCAACGGCUUUGUCCCGGCUGGGCCCCCUCCGAGGCGGCGAUGACUCGCCAGGGCAAGCGGCUCUUGGUCGCCGGGUGCGGAUCAGGUCAUCAAGUGGCAGUGGAACUCAAGACCUACAGCGACAUCACCGAGUUGGUGGCAUUUGACGUCUCCGCCCAGAGCGUGGCGGUGGCGCAGCGGAAGUUGAAGGAGCUCUUGCCCGAACACAUGGCUCGGGUUCGCUUCCUUGUGGGAGACAUCAUGGACCUCACCUUAAGUCAUCCACUGUUGUCCGACGGCUUCGACUUGGUGGUCUGCUGCGGAGUGCUGCAUCAUUUGCCGAAGCCCUUGGAGGGUUUGCAGCGCUUGGCCUCCGUCCUGCGGCCUUCGGGUGUCAUACAGCUGGCCACCUAUUCAGCCUUGAGCCACCAGACCUGGCAGAACGGCGUCCAGGAUUGGCUGCGAUCAAAGAAUCUGAAGCCAGAAAGUGGCAUUCCAACGCGUCAAGAGGUCCGCGCGAUGCGCGCGGAGGUGUUGAAGCCGGAGGAGCGGCCAGAAGAGGCCUUGACGCUGUUGCACUUUCCAGAGUUCUACACCUACGCAGGUGUGUUGGACUUGCUCUUCCAUCCCCUUGAGAGGAGCUUCACUCUGCUGCAGCUCCUUGAGGAGUUGAUCCUCCCCGCCAGGUUGAAGCCUCUCGGGGUGUUCUUUCUGGAUGUGAACGCGGACCUGGCGGCACGCCGCGCUUUCCGCGCGCGCUUUGGUGAGGCUGACAUGAGCGAUUUGGACCAAUGGCACGCACUGGAGGCAGCGCUCUCCAGUCAGAGCGGUACAAAGUGUGGAAGCCCGCCCUCUAGAGCCUUGGACUAUUACAUGGCGCUGUAG